AUGUCAAGAAUUCCAGGGUUUAUCGACAAAACGCAGUCCCAUCUUGCCAACGCUGCUGCGGAGUAUGAAAAAGUGAAAGACGACCAAAGCCUGCGAUUUGCCUUCCACCAAGCUGGGAAAGGGCUUACUCAGGUGGGAGACCUUCUCGAACAACUGAAGGAUCUUCUAAGCGGCCACAGGCUGGACAAUUGCUUACAUAAUGCCAAGAUUCCAAUUAAAGCAUGCAUGUCGAAAGCCGAGUGCGCCGCAUCUGUCUUCAGACAUGUUUCUCAGGCACCCGAGGGCUCGAGAUUCUCGAUCUAUAACAAGCUUCUCAGCACCGAGGGGUCAGGCUUGAUGGUUGAAGUGUUGCUUGAGGGGAUGGUCAAGUGCGUUUGUGAAUUGGUGUCGGAGACCGGAUGUAACGAAGAAAUGCGAGAUCAUGUUGAGGAUCUUCAGGACUUCGUGGACAGAAUCAAGAGCAUGCAACCUUCUGCAAUGGUCGACGAGCAAGGCGCAAAAUUUGUCUCGAUGGAAGGACCUCAGUACAAUGCCGCGGGAUUUGCGGAACAGAACAACAAUACGGGUGCUGGCAACCAAUUUCCUGGAGCAACAUUCCAGGGUGAAGUCAGGAUUGGAAACAAUAAACCUGAGGGAGUUUAG